AUGGCGACGGCUCCACCAUCGUCUUUGUUCACGAGUUUAACGGGAGUCUGGAGCCUCCUAGCUCUAAGAAGCGAUGUGGACGAUAUCAUUAUCGAACUACUCGGUCGCUUCGAUCUGGAGAAGAUCUACGCAGACUCCAACAAGGACAAGUACGCGGACUUGAUUCUCACAUUACUCGCUCAGCUCGACGUGAUCUUCUUCAUCCAACGGCUCACUCUACCUGCCCCAGCACGAUCGCCAGUUGGAUGGUCUCUUGGAUUUCUUGUUAGUUGGGAGGUGACAGUGCGUACUGUUGAAUUUAUUCUCCAGACUAUACUAGACGCUCGCGAAGUCCUGUGGGAUGCCUCUUUUCGCGACGAAUAUCUGGCACGGCUGUUACUAUCGACAGUACGAAUUCUCUUGCUUCAUCCCAAGCCUCCAGUGAAUUCAAAGGCAAGAGACCGUCGAGACCGGUUCACACGCAUCCAACGAGCCAUCGCAGACACUCUAUGCUCUGCACCCGAUGCAUUGACCUUGCCGCCUAGACUAAAGCAAGAGCUUCCAUCUUUGACAGAGGAUUUGUAUCCGUUACCCGACUGCCUUUCAUCGCCCUCCAUCGCGACUAUCGUACCUCAAAAUGGCUCACCUCAGAACUGGCUAUCGCAGCUACUGGCUCUGUACGAUGUGUCACAAUUUGUUGUCGGCGCGAACGUUCAAUUUGCGGUCAAUAGUCAAAAUUUGGGCGAUACAGAACUAGAAGCCGCCUCUAAGAAAACUCGCGACGCAGUUUUAUACGCAAUUAAUCGCAUUCGGUCCCCACCACAUCUUCCUCCAGCCAAGCUAGUACCGGUCAUCAGCGAAUCCUUUCGCAUGAUUCUACCCGAUACCCCAGUGAUGCAUCAUGGAGCCAACAGCCAGGACCAUGAUGGAAAUAUAUCAGAUGCGUGGGACAUGCUGAGUGAAAAACUCAGUUAUCGUCAGAUGAUUCACCGCAUCAGUGAUCGAGCGGUGAUGCAUAAUGUGUACCAAAUCACCCGCUAUAUUGAGCUUCUGGAUGAUCCCAGUGAUCAGUUGAAGUCGAACAGUCCACGGCUGUACGUCGUGAACUGUCAACAGUGUCAUUUGAUCGGAUAUUCUCAGGUCAAGAAUGUAGAACAUAUGAGCCCUCUUAAAGAUGAUACUAGUAAAGGACAGGAAAUCACGCUUCCGUCAGAAUCCUCCUGCGCACUUUGUGGAUCUAAAGUCACCAUGCUACGUGAGGUACCACUUGCUCGAUAUACAUGGGAGAGUCUCAAGUCAAUAAUCCCUAAUGUGGAAGGAGUCAAUGUGGAACGGCAUCUCCCUACUCAAUUUCUGUUAUCACCACCCAGGACCGACCAGCUACGCCGAGGCUCGGAAAGCACACAAGGGGGCUUAUCGCCCCCAGCACAGUUCAGCCUCCCACAGAGACGAUGGAAUGGUACUCGCACAGAUUCCUUUGAGAAUUUCUUUUCUCCUAGUAAUCGAAAAAUGAGCGACACUCCUCCACCGCCGAGGACACCAAGGGCCGUGACUGGAGAACAUCCCUUCUCAGCGGACGAUGUGGGAGAGCCUUUUUCCAGGACAACAUCGGUUGAGCAAUUCAGCACCAAAGGCGUGACGUUCACGACCAAAAGCUUGUCAUCAAGUAGUGGAACUCGAACACUCUCGCCCCCUGAUCGAUCAGAAAAAUCGUCGAGAUGGAAAUCACGGUUUAAUAUGGCUAGAAAGGAUACGAAAGAUCCAACGGAUACAAGCUCCCUAUCAUCAGCUACGUUAGAGUCACAGAAACCGGAAGAGAUUGACCUAAGAGCAUUAGUCACUCGAGCGAAGGAUGGCACGAAAGGAAAGUCCGGUCAGAACAUCAACGUUUCUCUGUCGCAGGACUCGACAUACACGCUGUUUUGGACGCAUUCGAGUCUUCAGAUUUGGGAUGUCAGCACAUGUCCGGCCAGCUUCAAACAUUCAGUCUCGACCGAAGGAUUUUGCGUCCUAGCUGCUGUCACUGGGCAGUACUUGGCGUACAUGAUUGGCGAUCGAGAUCAAAGGUUAACGCUGCGAAUCAAAAAUCUUAGUCAGAUGUCGUUCAGCGCGAUUGAGUAUCGAAUGAGGCCUUCACCCUGGUGCAGGUGCAUGGCACUCUCCCCAACCGGAGGCUUUGUUGCCGUGGGAUUCGAGAACGCAACUGUCGGCCUGUAUAACUCUUUUGAUUCCCAGUCUCCCCGGCCAUAUCGACUACAUGCUCGCCAUCACCAGAAUUGUAAGGAUUGCCCUCCUGUUGACACUGUAUCUUUUUCAAACGACGGUCUCGUUCUCGUUGCUAGUACCAGGAGCACAAAGAACGGAACUAUUCAGGUGUACCGGUCACGGUUCCCAUUCUCAGAGUUUGAGGAGCUUGUACCAUGCCGAUAUCGUGUUCCCCUUCACGAGUCCGAAGACAACGGGGUGUCAUCCGUACUUUUUCAGCCAGGAACGGAUGGCAGAGAAGACCUUGUCUGUAUCACUACAUGGACGCAAUCCGGUAUUCCGGUGCUCGUUCAGCCUAACGGCCACAAGACCGAAAUCCAGUCCCAAAGCUCAUCUUCCAACCGGCAGGGCAAAUUGGGUCGUCGCAUCCAGGCAUCGGCUUUCGCGCCAUCCGGACGAGAGCUAGCGGUUGUGAACGACCAAGGCUACGUCUACCGAGUAUCUGACUUGAGCUCUAUUCCGAUGGAUAUAAAAAGGGUUGCAACAUCCAAGGCGUUUCCAAUAAAGUCGGACUCCUUUGCAUUAGCGUUCGUGCCGCUGCAAGACGAAGAAACGAUCAUUAUCUCGUGGUCUGAUUCAUCGAAAGCGAUGGGCUAUGUGAAAAAGAUACCAAUAGUACCCACGGGAGAGAUUUACCAUUCGCCAAAGUCAACCGUUUUCGAUGUCCAUGUUAAUCCUCACCCGGUCCAGUCCCACCCGGUCCAGUCCUACCCGGUCCAGUCGGAACUUCCAGAGCGCGAAUUCAAGGAACCAGAAAAGCCUCGCAUCUUCCAAAAGCCUCCGGUAGAGCUCGAGGCAUCUGAGAUUGAUCUGAGCUCUAAUAAGCGAGCUUCGAAGGGAUUCUUGGGGUCACUAUACGGCAAAAAAUGA